AUGGGUGUUUCUGGAUAUACUCGCUCUGCUUCUUCACUCAUUGCUGAUGUGGAUAUAGAAUCUGAUCAUGCUGAUAUUACUGAACAUACUUUAACAAAUGAAUCCACAUAUGGAGAUGUGCAUCGCAUGUUUCUGCAAGGUUUAAUGGUUCGCCAAGUCAUGACUGUUACUGAUGCUACAGAACUGUAUACCAAGAUAGCACAGCAAGAAAAAACAAGUAUGCUUGGGCUUGCAGCUUUUGUAAACCAGAUCAAUGCCGAAUUAGGAAACAAAGUAGGGUUAGAGGUCAAGAGAGGUAUUGAUCCAAAUACUGGCAAAGACACUUUGGUUUUGAUCAAUAUUCAUACCGAUGAACUUGCACAGUUGGCUGCUGCCUACACUCCUAGCGAAGUCAGCUUUUUCAAAAAGAUGAUUGAGCUUUUGAUUGUAGAAAAAUCCAAUGGAUUAUAUGAGCUUUCUUCAUUAAAGGCAUUAAGAGCUGCAUCUCAUGUCAAACCUGCACUAACCAAAGAAAACGCAGAAAUGCUUAUUUCUCGCUUGGUUCAAGAUAAUUGGCUACUAGAUAGAAAUGGAAAGUUGACUCUUGGAGUUAGAUCCAUCUUUGAAUUGCGUCCAUAUCUGUUGGAAGAGUACCCCGAAGAUAUUUUUGAAUGUUCGUCUUGUUUCCAGAUUCUUACCACCAAUACAACGCAAUGUGCCAAUAACGAAUGUAAUGUUGCAUUACAUCAACACUGUGUUUUUAAAGUUUUUGGGGACCGAGCAAUUCGCAAUUGCUACAAGUGCACUACACCAUGGCCUGUUACAUUGGAGCACCAACAGGACCAAACAGUAAAUAAUCAUGGAGAAUCAAUAGAAGAAAAUUCAGCACCUGUACGCGACCAAUUCACCCAAGAUAAAGACGAGGUUGAUACCGAUUGUAUGUCGAAUUCUGGUGACGAGCAAAUAGUGGAGUCGCGCUCUGCGAAACGAAAACAGAUGUCUACUUGAAAGAAAAAUGCAAAAGGACUGCUAAACUCUGCACUAAUAACAAGAUUGAUACUCAAACAUGUGUAAUCGCUUGUACAAGAUGGAUAUCAAAGAGCUUUUAGUGCCAGAAAAAUCAUCAUGUAAAAUUGACACUCUUCAUUAUACACAUCUUGUAUUUCCAUUCACAUGUGCUGGUUUUAUAUAAAAUGAUCAAGGUUGGAUUGGUAAUAAAGUAUUCAGACUGUCAUAGUUUAUUUUGAA